GUGUCAGGUAGACUGCUGCUGCCGGAGGACGGCUGUAGAGAUUGCUGUGCUACUUUGACAUUCCUCAAAGAGCUACGAGGGAAUCCCAAGAAACGCAGGAAUCAGCUCUGCCUUCCCACAAUACUGCACUGUGGGCCUCCCUGGUGAGACAUUGGCCCUGCUGCCUGCCCGGUGGCUCCAUGAUGAAGGAGGUGCCCGGCUGGAUGGUGCCCAGGUAGGGGGGAGCCAGCACCCACCAUGCCCUAUGCUCUCCCUCCUCUGCACUGUGCCCUCAAGACGAUGUCCCGUAAGAAGGCCUUGCUGCUGCUGCUGCUGCUGGUGCUCAGCACCCUGAGCCUGCUCAUCCAUCAGAGCACGCACCUGAACUGCAGGUCCCCCAAGCCUUCUUCCCUGGGCUGCCCCCCGGCUCCCUCAUCACGCCCCAAGCACACCUCGGUGGCCUUCCUGAAGACCCACAAGACCGCGGGCACCACGGUGCAGAACAUCCUUUUCCGCUUCGCCGAGCAGCACAACGUGACGGUGGCGCUUCCCCACCACGCCUGCGACCACCAGUUCUGCUACCCUCGCAACUUCUCUGCCCGCUUUGUGCACCCGCACACCCUGCCGCCGCGCAUCAUCGCCAGCCACCUGCGCUUCCAGCGCCAGGAGCUGCGCCGCCUCAUGCCCAACGACACGCUCUACGUCACCAUCCUGCGCGAGCCCGUCGCCAUGUUCGAGUCGCUCUUCACCUACUACAACCAGUACUGCGCCGCCUUCAAGCGGGUGCCCAACGCCUCCAUGGAAGCCUUCCUGGCCAACCCACUGGCCUUCUACCGCCCCCAAGAGAAGUUCUCCAUGUACGCCCACAACACCCUGCUCUACGACCUGGGCGGGGACAACGACCACAGCCCGGCCGACCCUGCCUACCUGCCCCACUUUCUCCGCCAGAUGGAAGAGGUCUUCUCGCUGGUGAUGAUCGCCGAGUACUUCGACGAGUCGCUGGUGCUGCUGCGCCGCCUGCUGGCCUGGGACCUGGAGGACGUGCUCUAUGUCAAACUCAACAUGCGGGGCCCCCGGUCCAAGGGCAACAUCAGUUCGGAGGCGCUGGCCGCCCAUAUCCGCACCUGGAACGCGCUGGACGCGCAGCUGUAUGACCACUUCAACGCCACCUUCUGGCGCAAGGUGGCGGAGGCGGGGCGGGAGUGUGUGGCGGAGGAGGCACGGGCGCUGCGCCGGGCCCGUGACCAGCUGCUGCGCCGCUGCUUCGGUGGACAGCCCCAACUGCGCCCUGCCACGCAGAUCAAGAACAAGGAGCUGCGGCCCUGGCAGCCCAGCUCCAAGGUGGACAUUGUGGGCUACGACCUGCCCCCGGCCGUGCCAGGCUCGGGGGCACCCCCCGACGAGCGCUGCCUGAAGCUGGCCAUGCCCGAGGUGCAGUACUCCCGCUACCUGCUGCGCAAGCAGAGCCUGCGGACCCGCCGCAGGGCCAUGCCCCACCGCCCGCUGCCCCCCCGGGCCGUCCCGCGCCCAGUCAGGCCCCUCCCACUCCGCCACCCCGCAAUGCCCAAGGCCGCCUGAGCAGCAGCUGGGACCUUAACCUGGACUGGAGACUCACACGUGGGCCUGGAGCUGUGUAGGGAUCGUGGAGCCAGCUUGCUGUGCCAGCCUAGCUGCCCACCACCACCCUGGGACCAGCCAUGGGGACAGCCCUUUACUGGACCCCCUCUCCCUCCUUCUGACAGGCCCACUCCCUGCCCCAGUAUCCCAUACCCCUUCGUGGGGGGGGCUAGAUCCAAACUCAGUUCUACUGGGGCCUGACCUGGCACUGCUGGGAAGCUGCCACUUGCCCUUCCUGAGCCUGCUGCGCGUCGGUUUUGGCAAGUUCUGGAUGGUUUGCCCGGGUUCUGGUUUAAAGAUCUGCCUGGCACAGCCCUGGGAGUCAGACUGGGGCAUCUGGGAGGGACACUCAGCUCAGCAUGGAACAACAGUGUCCUUGGUCUGUGGCCAAGAUGAGGACUCCUGACCCCAGCCUGUUCUCCCUAAUAUUCCCCCUCAGCACUGGCCCAUGCUUCCCCUUAGCACCACCACUCAGCUGGGCACACAGCACUGCGUGGGAGACACGGGCCCAGCUAAACCCUGGGGAGGCAGGACUCAAACCCCUGCCCAGGCAAUCGGGCAGGCCCCUCACAAUAUCGCCAGGGAUGCAAGAGAAAGCCCCCUCCACUGGCACACAGCACCACACACCCCGUUGUGCACACAGAUACCCCCCAUCACUCGCAGAGCAUGCUCACACCCCAUCACCAUGGUCAGACAUCUGUCCAUCGCCCAGUCCCCCCUUCGGGCCACACCCCAUGUGCUUUAACCACCCAUCUUGCACACAGGGCUUCAUUUGUAAUGGAAAGGUGCCGGGGCUCAAGCAAUCUUUUACAUUCAGACCUGAUGCAGCAGGUCCAGAGGUGCUUGAGCUAGGAAUUGCCCAGCUCAGUGGUUCCAGGCCCGAAUGAAGCACUUCUGGCACCCAGGCAGUGUCACACAUGCAAUCACUCACCUGGCCCCUGUGCAGCCAGCCCCACACAGACGUCCCCAUGGUGUGGCAAGGAGACCGUGUCCCAGCUGGGCGUGACUCCUUCCCCAGGAUCCCAGAGCAGGGCACUGCCUGGGCCCUCUCCCCCCCCCCCCCCACCUUCUCCCUGGGCAGUGGGUUCCCAGGAGAGGCUGACACUGAGCAGCUGUCAGCAGGAUGGGAACUUGCCUCCAAUAAAAGACUCUGCGAGGUGCCUGGUCUGCUGUGGUGUCGUGGCUCAUUGGGAGCAGGUGGGAAGUUCUGGGGGUGGCUCUUUGUGCCCCUGGACACCACAGGGUGUGACCCCUGACCCUCGGCAGACACUGGAGCCCUAAGCUGGCAGCAGUAGGAGGUUGUUGUCUUCCCUGUGGCAAGAGCUGGAGGUGGGGACUGUCCAGCACACACAGCAUGUGUUACCCACACCUGGACCGUGGCUCAGGGACUGAUACAGCUGUGUCUGGGGAGGAGAGGGCUGGUUCCUGAGGAUGGUGACUGGCUCGAUGGUACCAAUGCGGGGCUAGACUCACUGUAGGCAUGUUGCCAGGUAGAGGGGACCAGGUGCCUCAUUCCCAGCCCCCCAACUUUGCUCCCCUCCAAGCAGGUCACCCAGGCUUGUGUUUGCUAGGUCAGUGUUUCUCAACUUUUUUUCUUAUAAAGGACCCCUUUUUCAAAAAGAAAAAUUAUAAGUACCCC